GGCUCCCAACGAAGGGAGGCGAAGCGUUGCCGAAAUUUCCUUCGAAUCGACAAGGCUUCUUCUACUAUCUUUCACUUUUUCUACCCCUCCCUCUUGCUGCGUUCUCUCUAGUCAUUGGUUGGAUGUGGCCGCAAGCGCAAGUGGAGGUCUAUGAGGCCACCAUCGACUGGGACUUGGAGCCCCCUGAACUCAUAGAGGGGGAUCUGGUGGAGCUCACGAUCCCCGGACGCAGCGUUCGACAAGUUGACGGACAGUUUGCGUGGAGGUCCAUAAUCUUGUCCGAGGACGUGUGGCUUUGGACGCACAGAGAGCACCGGCCUGGGCAAGGAGUGGGCGUAGUGAGAACCUACUUGUACUUAGGACCGGGCGCCGUCAAGGAGGCCGUGGUAGGGCUCGCGACGACAGGGACUAGUGGCGCGAUUAGCAGGGCAUUAUGCUACCUGAGAGACGAGGUAGCUGCCUUCCGAGCGGAGGACUCGAGCGAUCCGCUGACCCUAUUUCACAGGCGCCCUCCUCUUGAUAUCACGGGCGGGCCUCCAGAGACAGUAGCGCCAGGGAGGGUGGCGCUAGAUCUGCCGGCCAGAGGGGUUUUCACGGAUGCGAUAGAGAGUCGAUGGUCAUCGACGGUGUUGGGGCCAGACGUGCACUUGUGGACGUAUGCCAUCGCGACGUUUGAGCUAGACAGUCAGAGGUGGCGACGACCAGGCACGACUAGUAUAGAGGUAGUGGGCCACAUUUACUACUCGCGGGAGGUGCUAGCCACAGUCUAUUUUCACGGCAUCGUGCACGAUCAUUGGCGAGAGGAGCAGAGCGCGAGGAGGAUUUUACUGGCCCGAGCGGACUCCGCGCGGGGCGAGGUAGAGCGGCUGCAUGGGGGUGUUCGGAGAGUGACGACGACCUUGAGGAUUGGAGGACACUUCCCGUAUCCUAGCAAUCGACUGCGUGUGACACUUCUGUGCUUCGUGGCGGAGGAGCUCUGGGGACUUAGGCGUCUGGGUGAGAUCUACUUUGCGGCUCUUGACUUGGACGGCCUUUGCCGAGGGUACGCUGAUAGGGAUUGGGUGUUGUAUGCGCAGUUUGUAGCGGGGCCGCUUGUAGGCGAGCGAGGGCUCCAGUUGAUUGAGUUCCUGCGGGCCAUAGUACCUCCUGGGAGCCCUGACCUGUAUUCUCUGUACCAGCCCCUAGCCUUCUGGACGACGCUAGAGAGAGAGGCUCGGGGGCCUACAGAUCAUUUAGCUGGAGUGGGACAAUUGUUAGCCGAGACUCGUGAGGAGAGGCCGGGCCAUCUCGUCUUGACCGGGGAGGUUGAGGAGUAUUACCAGCAGGUAUAUCCAAAGACUGACGAUCUUGCGUGGUACGCCAAGGAUCGGGAUUGGGAGGACUUCGAUGACACAGACCCUUGGGGCGACCAGGACGAGGACUGGGGAGAUCUGGCACGGGCCGAGGGACAGGAGCAGACGACCAGGGAGGCUGAGAAGUUGAAGAUAAGCGAAGCUAGGAAAGCUGGAGAGCUAGGGAGAGUUGUGACUGACGGUGCAAUACUCAGGGUGCUAGCUGCUCACGAUCGGUAUUGGAGGGAGUCGAUAAAGACUUUAGAGGCUAUAGAGGAUAGAGGAGAUGAGGAGGAUUUUGAGACAUUCUAUGACAUAUUGGAGUUGUCGGCGAUGAGGUUACGAGUGGUUAUAGCACUUACUUACCUCAGGGGCUAUGACAUUACAAAAUAUCUGGAGAAGUCAGAGCUUCACGCUAGCCGGAGUCAGUGGUCGAAGGAAGAGAUUAUAGAGAACUUCCUAUUUAAUGUGGACCCAAGUCUAGGCAAGGAAGUUAAGGAAGCUCGACCGAAGGAUGGGAAAUGGACUACGUACAAGAAGAACCUCGUUGAGCCUUACAAAUUGGAGGAUAACAAGUACUCCAUCAAGGACCUUGAGACAAUGACUCAAGAUGAAAACGAGAGCGUGCGGGCAUUUGGGAUGCGUUUCCAGAAGAUCUCCGACGUGCUGAUUAAGAAGGGGAAGAUCUCAGAGGUCGAGCGCUGUACUGUCUUCAUUGGACACCUGUCCAAAGGUAGGCAGAAGAGUAUACUUAGAGAUCUUCCGCGCGACAAGUUUGACUUCCCAGAAGUUCUGAAGCUCGCGAUAAAGGCAGAGGCGGACGACUACAAGGACUUGGUCUGGAGGAGGAUGAGGAGACGAGCCACGACAUACCGAGACAAGCCCGGAGGACCCUAUUCACUUCGCUGGGACCGGAGGAACAAUGAAUCCUGGAGGAGUGUCGCGGAUAGAAAUCCUCGAACGCUGACUGAUUAUCGUGCAAGGGAAAGGGAGAGAGACGAUGAGCCAUGGCGACAUAGGGAUGAUAAGAUAGACCGGGACUGCAGGACCCGCGAGAUGUAUGGGCAUGCUAGGAGACUGAAUGACUACUCGCGUAGCCCUCGCUAUGAGGCUGACGGGGGUAGAGGCGACUCUCGAGGCCGAUGGGAGUUGGAUCAGGGCCGACGAGAUGGAUACAGGGAUGGUAGAUAUGAGAGAUCGGACCGCGAUGGACGUAGAGACGACAAAUACGAGAGGUCAGAUCGAGACGGAUACAGGGGCGGCAGAUAUGAGAGAGGAGAUCGACCCGAUGAUUCACGGGGGGGGUACGACCGAGGAGACCGACGUGAUGAUUCACGAGGGCGAUACGACCGAGGAGACCGACGUGAUGAUUCACGCGGGGGGUACGACCGAGGAGACCGACGUGACGAUUCACGCGGGCGAUACGACCGAGGAGACCGACGUGAUGAUUCACGCGGGCGAUACGACCGAGGAGACCGACGUGAUCAUUCACGCGGACGAUACGAACACGGAGACCGCCGCAAUGAUUCGCGCGGCAGGAAUGAGAGAGGGGGAUAUGGCGCGUCGUCUGAUCCGUAUCCGAAGUCCCCUGACCUUAGAGCAGCGAGAGGUUCGACCUCAAGAGGCACAAACGACAGGCCACCCACUCCCAGGAACUCUUGUGUCUACUGUAGAGGAGAUGAUCAUAUCAAGAGAGAUUGCCCGGACCUCCAACAAGCCAUAGAUGAGGGACUUGUCGUGCUUGACGACCACAAGUACGUCAAGUGGGCAGAUGAUCUGGGAGAUGUAUCGAUGUUCCCUUUGAUGAAGGAGAAUGUUGAAGCAAGGAGAGUAAAGCCAAGUAAAGGAAAGGAGUCGGUCAGGAGCCAGAGCAUCAAGAUAACUUUUGAGGGGGAUAUGGCGACCACACCCAUAAGGGUGGCAGCCACCAAGUCGACGAGAGGGUCUACAUCGAAGAAGACAGACACGGAUUACGUGAUGGCAGAGAUGGAUGGACAACGGAUCGAUGGAGAGGAGGUUAUUCUUUCACCGCGAAAGCGAGGCGUGAAGAAGUUCUUGAUGAAGAGUUUGCUGGACGAGAUUGACACGGUCGAGCCACUGAGGCGGGCUCUUCGGCAGCCCAUGCAGUGCUCUAUUCUGGAGUACCUGGCGGCAUCGAAGCCGGCUCGCGAUGAGUUACAGAUGAUCACGCGGAAGACUCGCAUACCUCUAUCGGAGGAGGCAAAGGGGGCCCCUAAGGCAGAAGAUCCUACAGUAGCAGUAACGGGGGUGGCUGCCAGAGCGGAUCGCAUGACAACUGUCCUUCUUGAUGGGAUGGAAGGUGUGCCUCCAGACAAGUUUUACAUACUUGGUACGGCGGUGGGCCGCGAGCGAUCUGCACUGGAAGGGAUAUCGGAAGAAGAGAUCGCGAAAGAAAUCAAAGAAAGAAAGAAAAAGGAGCCGCAACGCCUAACGGAAGAGAGGAUAGCAGGGAUGGACAUAGGAGAUGGGAAUCUGACCCCACAGGAGCGAGAACGUGUGAUAGAAAUCCUGAAGACAUGUGAUAAGGCAAUAGCUUUCAGCGACGCAGAGCGCGGAAGGGUUGACCCUCGAUACGCUAAGCCAGCAAUGAUUUACACGAUUCCACAUGUUCCUUGGAAUGACGCAGGAUGGAAAUACGCCCAGAAGGAGAAGGAAGAAGUUAUCGCUUUCCUGAAGGAAAAGAUGGUUUCCCAUGUUGCGGAACCGUCUGAUAGCGCUUAUGCUAAUCGAUGGUUCUUCCUACGAAAGCCGAAUGGAAAGAUCCGAUGGAUCCAGGACCUUCAGAAGGUCAACGUGGUGACGAUACGAGACGUGGGCUCCGUGCCACACGCCGAUUUACUGGCUGAAGGCGCCGCAGGCGGGACGAUUUAUUCGGUAUGUGAUCUGUUCUCAGGCUAUGAUGAGAUACCGCUUGAUCCUAGGGACAGGCACCUCACGACUAUGCACACGCCGUUGGGACUGAUACAGAUGAUGGUUGUCCCUAUGGGUUGGACUAAUGGGGUAGCCGUUUUUCAGAGAGCCAUGGUAGUCGUCCUCAAGGACUUCAUCCGUGAUAAGGUUGAAGUCUUUCUGGAUGACUUUCCUAUAAAAGGGCAAGUAAACAAGGAUGAGACAGAGGUUGUACCAGGAGUUAGAAGAUUCGUCGAGCAACACCUAACAGAUAUUUGCGCGGUACUCGAGCAGCCGAACGAUGCGAAUUUAACGGUCAGCAGAACAAAGAGCCGAUGGGCCGUCUCGACUAUUAAGAUCCUGGGCUUUAUCUAUGACUCGAGAGGACGCCGAGCAGAUCCGGCGAAGUUAGACAAACUCCUGAACUGGSCGUCACCGUUACAUAGUCCAACCGAGGUCCGACAGUUUCUGGGAGUGGUCGGUUACUGGCGUAUAUUCAUACGGGGGUAUGCGGAGAAGGCUGAGCCAUUGAGGUUACUCCUUCGAAAGACUGAAAAAUUCUAUUGGGAUUCCUCGCAGGAACUAGCUAUGCAAGAGCUUAGAGACGAAUUUAAGGAGGGAGGACGCGUACUGGGCGUGCCAUUCUUUGACGAUGAGACCGAGAGACCCGUCAUAGUAUCCACGAAUGCUAGACCUUGUUCAGCUGGAGGGCUGCUGUCUGAGAAAGACGCUGAAGGAAAGGAAAGGCCGUUAAGAUUUGAGAGUAGGACACUUAAUACGGCAGAGCGAAACUACAGUCAAUUCAAGAAGGAGGUGUUAGCUGUUUUGCGGUGUCUAGACACGUUCAGACAUUAUAUCUACGGACGACGGUUCAUCUUGAGAGUAGAUCCCACGGCAAAUGCCUCGGUCCUCCAGAAGGACUUUAGUCUGACGGACCCGACCAUCGUUCGAUGGUUGAUACGGAUUCGGCUAUAUGAUUACGCAGACGUUGAGAGGUACUAUAUGACCUGCGAGGAAUGCCAGAAGAGAGCUCUUGUGAAAUACAAAGAGCCUCUCUAUCCAUCCUAUCCCACCAGACCAGGAGAGAAGGUACACAUCGAUCAGGUGAAGAUGCCGAAAGGGGUAGGCAAUAUGAACUAUGUCGUGAACAUACGAGACGACUUCACGGGGUUCGUAGACGGUAGACCUAUCAGGAGUAAGACGGCAAAGGAAGUGAAGACCUUCGUCCUAGAGUACUUGUCUAGGUAUGGUUGUGUCAGCAAGAUAGUGAUGGACAGAGGGGCGGAAUUCCUAGCUGACGAGGUUCAGAGUGUGUUCAAGCGAGUUGGGGCGAAGGUUUCGAUAGCCACUGCCUACCACCCACAGUCGAACUCCCCAGUAGAGAGGGGGCACCAGACUCUGAUAGCGUCACUAUCCAAGUGGUGCAGAGGCUCGGAUGGACUCCCGGUGGAGUUCUACGAAGCAACCUGGGACUGCACUGGCCCAAUCUUGCUUGACAGCUACAACAGACUCUGGCAAGGCGGCACCUUGACCACUGAUAUGAAGCUUGGAAUCAUCACUCUGAUCUACAAGAAGGGAGAUAAACGCAAUGUUCGGAACUGGCGUCCGAUCUCCCGCAUGAACGUAUCAUACAAAAUACUGGCCAAGCUCCUCGCCAGAAGACUUGCUCCAUACCUGCCAGCCCUGGUGCAUACAGACCAGGGUGGGUUCGUGCUGGGCAGAUCCAUCGCCGAGAAUAUGCUCAUGGCCGUGGUAGAGUUGGAGAUCAUACAGCGAGAAAAUCGACAGAUGGAAACACUCCUCAACGCGCUGCGUGCGUCCCCACUAAUCCGGGGGCUUGACCUCGGAGACGGAGAGGUUAUGCUAACUGGCGCCAUUGUUGACGACGUGCUGCUCUCCAUCGAAGCCGUCCCAGAAUCUACGCAAGAGGCCAAGACACUUCUGGACAAUUAUGCACAGCUUUCUGAAGCCCAAGUCAACUGGGAGAAAUCUAUCUAUCUUCUCCCAGCCGACUACAACUUGCCAGGUUUUGACUGGGGUAUGAAGCGUAUCUCCCCGGAGGUAUCGGAACGAUACUUAGGUAUGCAAGUAUCCCUGGUAACCGCAAAGCCAAAACAACAAGCCAUCCUCCGCUCUAAAACAAAGGACAGCAUACAGAGAUGCCAGGUAGCUGUGGGAAUCUCCCUAUUCGGAAGAGCUCUCCUCCUUACCUCAGUGGUCUUUGCGCAGAUUUGGCACGUGGCAGCUGUCUGUCUUCUCACCAAGCCAACAGCCAAGCAGACUACCUCGGACGCUGCAAGGCUUGUGCUGCUAACGGUGCUUGUGGUGGCAAUGGUAACGGCCUGCGUCACACUGCCGCUACACAGAAUACUCACCAGUUUCAUGGUCUGGCUGCAGAAUGACGUCGGGCCUUGGGGCCCCUUGAUCCUGGUCCUUGCCUAUCUUCCGGCAUCGGUUCUGGCAGUUCCCGGUUCAAUCCUCACUCUAGGAGGAGGGUAUCUCUUCGGGCUGCCUCUCGGCUUUGCAGCUGAUUCAAUGGGGUCAACUGUUGGUGCUGCAGUCGCCUUUCAAACAGGAAGGACGAUCUGCCGGGCAUACGUUGCUUCUAAACUCCAAGCCUAUCCACGGUUCACAGCGAUUGCGGCAGCGAUUGACCGCUCGGGUUUCAAGAUUGUGUUUCUGCUCCGCCUUGUGCCUAUUCUCCCAUUCAAUGUCUUAAAUUACCUCCUCUCGAUUACGCCUUUGAAUCUAUGGACGUACACAUUGGCCUCCUGGCUUGGCAUGAUGCCGUCGACAUUAGUACUGGUUUACGUAGGGACGACGUUGAAGAGCAUCGCGGACAUCAUUCACGGAGGAGGGGAGCCCCCAAGUCGAUGGAAAUGGGUCUUUGUGCUAGCCGGGCUUCUCUUCUCCGCUGCCGUCCUUUCUCUGGUUACCGCCAUUGCAAGAAAGUCAUUGGACAAGGUUCUAGAGGAGCAGAGCAUGACUGUCUCAACGCCUGCUGGAGCAGAGGCUGCAGGUGCAGAAUCUGCAGACGACACUGUCAUCGUCCUUUCAUCCCCCCCCAGUUCAGAGGCAGGUCACAGGGACCGUGACAGUAACAAAAGCUUGAAGGAGCCGCUCCUUGUCAGACUGCAUGACGUCACUGACGUGUCUCCUCCAACUACUACUACUUCUAGCCGGAGAUAGGAUGGUUUGCCCUGAGCAGUAGGCUUGGAGUGCGUAUUUGUACCUGCAUUCCGCUCUAUAUAGCUAACAUUAGGUGCAAAAGUGUU